AAAUCUGUCAUUUUCCAUCUUAUCCGUGUAUGUUUGGUUAACAUUUUAACGUAAAUUAAUUUAUUGUAGUAACUUCUCAUUAAAAUUAUAUUAGUUAAGUUAAACACUUCAUGUCCCUUAUUAGACUGUAAUGGAGUGUAAGGCGAGUGAAAGUAAGAAAUUGGUUCAAGUGUUCGAUGCAACAAAACGUAAGCGUGGAAAAAAGAAAAGGGAAGAAGAGGGCAGGUCCUUAGCGCGUUCCGCUAGUGACUGUACUAAUACAAGCGUAAGUAAAAUAUUAGGCGCCUGGCAAAAUAAGUUGGAUGGUGACGGUACUUUCGAGUCGGUGCCGCAUGAUCAGGGCUCCUUCAUCUACGCCUUCCUAGAAGAAGCUAUUAAAAGGGAUAAGAAGAAGCAACGUCAUGCCCGACGCCAUGAAGACCGCGAACGCGGGAGUCGCGCGCGACCGCCGUCCCCGAGCGAGCGAGAACCUCGGCAACACCGUGACCACCGUGACCGCCGGGAGUAUCGGGACCGGGACCGGGACCGGGACCAUCGCCACCACCGGCGCCGCGACGAGUCACCUCAGGAACCUGACAAGCCCCCAAAAAUUGAGAAUCCAGCGCCAGCUAUUGAUCAAAAUGCUCUGAUUGAAACUUUCGUUAAAUUAUGCACUACGCUAAACACGAAAACCGAAAAACCUUCUAACAAAAAUAUCCAAGGUUCGCUGAGCCACAAGUCACUGCAAUGUGAAGGCGUAUCGAGACCAACCUGUAACGAUGUCGACCACCACCCCGUGAAGUUGACCAGUCAUGAAAAUUCACAAGGCAAUAUCCCCUUGUCAUUAGCCCGAAGUCAGGAGGACUAUAGCGGACGAAUUCGUAGUCGAGACAACGUUGCCACGUCUCGCUCACAGCUAGCACAAGCAAGGGGCAGAAGCUCGUACUGCGUCCCCUAUGACAAAGAAAACGCUAUCGGAGAACAGCAACGGCAUAGAGAACAAUACGCCAGCAAACUUGAUAUCAGCGGAUCAAAGAUGCACACCUUAGCAGACGAUAGACGACGUGAAUAUGCUCCCAAACCUGCUCCCACUAGAAGUGUGCUCAACCAAUCUUACAGGGGUUACAGGGAACACCACCCCAACCGGGAUCCCCUUAGAGAAUGUGACUAUCGUAGAGAUGAUAGAGAAUAUGAUCGCGAUAUAGAACUCAAUAGAGACUACGAUCGAGUUAUCGAACCUAAUAGAGAAAGACCCUAUGAAGAUGAAAAGAAAAGACUCUACAACCAAACCAGCAGGAGCUAUGAUGUCCACCGGGACUCUUACGCGGAGGACGACAGACAACACAGAACAACAAGGAGUGACAAUCCUAGAGAUAGGUGCUAUGACGAAAGGCGAUAUGACGACAGAUACCGAAAGAGGUGCGAAGAAAUGGAAAAACGGGAUAAGUAUUACGAAGACAAGCCGAUUGCUACUCGCGAUCGCAACUACCACAUGUAUAAAGAAAGCAGAGAUCGCCGAAUCAAGAAAAACUUGGAUAGAUUUGAAAGAGCUUCUGUAGCAUCGAGGGACGAGGAAUAUAAAGAAAGGUCUUCUGAAAGAGAAAGGGAUUCUGGCCUUAGUGUUGCGGAUGGUGAGAGUACCGUCAGUGCCCGAAGCAACUACUUAAGAUUAGUAAAGCAAGAAAUUAUAGAGCAAAGGCAAGCCAUGGACAAGAUGAUGAACUUAUGGAAGGAGUUGAUGCGAUGCUUCAAGAGCUAUUCACAAACAUCGGGGGACAAAGCUGCAACUGAAUCGGCGGCGAACAAUGCCCGCGACUCGGCCGCCGCCCAACUCCGGUUGUGGCGCGAGUGCAUGCGCCGCUACGAGACCGUAGCGCGGGACGUCGGCGACACGGACGCGAGGCUCAUACAGACCACGGAGGAGAUCAACAAACAACGGUCGGAGAUGGCAGAGAUGGCCACCAUGUGGCAGGAGUGCUUGCAGCGCUACCGCGAGAUGAGCAAUGACUUCAACAGUCUCAAGCAGAAGCUGGUGACGCCGGCAGCUUCAGGACCCGUGCUGGUGCCUCCGGUGUGCGCAGAUGGCGAGGGCACCGCGUCACCCGGCACCUUCUGCCAGCCCGCAUACCCGCCGCCGAUGCCGGCAGCUGGUUACGUGGGUGGCUCGCCGAUCCGAAUGCGCGCAUCACCGCCCGCGCCUCCUCCCUGGUGGUGGAACGAGUCGGGCCAUGCGCGAGCGCCGCCGGUACGUCGCUUGUCGCCCGACUCGCGCGGCUCCUGCGACCGCGACCGGCACCGGGACCGCGACCGCGAGCGCCAGCGUCGUCGACACAAGGAGCGCGAGCAAGACGAUGCCAAGUACAAGGAUAAGUCCAAACCCAGCGCCGCUCGCUCCGAUCACAGACGCAGAAAAAGAUAACAAACA